CGAAUUUUCUCACUGAUUUUUCGUUUUCAUUCCUUGCCGUUUCUUUUUCUUUUUCCCCGUCGAAAUUUUAGAUAUUUUUUGGGUGUAAGGAGUAGGAAUUGGAUUAGAUCGAAGUAGGGCUAGGAUUUUUUGUGUUGAGUUUUGGUUUAAUUUCGCAAAAAUCGUUUAGAAUUAGCUUCAUCUGAUUUGUAGAUUAGAUUUUAAUGGUUCUGAUUUGUUGAUUUUGAUUUUGGUCUUUUUAAUAGGGAGAUCGAAAAUAAGUUAUUUAGUUUUUGUAGUCUGAUUUUAUGCUUUUUUAUAUAUUAAUUCUAUAAUUAUUGGAUGCACGAAGAAACAAAACUAUAUUUUUAUUAUUAGUUGGAAUUUGUGGUUGUAUAUAGGUGAAAAAGAUCAGAUCGGGUUGGUCUAGUUAUGAAUUGAGGGUGUAAGUAAAUAAAGAAUUGGCUUUUAAGCUGUGAAAAUUCUAUCAAAGCUCAGCUCUGUGUUUAUAAACAUGAUGAUGACCCACAUGUAUAUACCUAGUGGUGACAUCAACGGCAACUGCAAACCUAGGGUUUUAUUAAUGUCUUCCAUUUUCCGGUUUGUUUAAGACUGAUCAGGCGUUAGAGUUCUAUUUUAGUCUUCUUUUUAUAGUUUUGGAUAUCUUCUUGUGGAUAGAUAUUAGUCUAGUAAACAGAAAUGAAAGCAAAUAUCGAAAAGGCAUUGGAUAGCAGUCCAAGAGUUACGCUCAACUUAAAAAGAAAGCGGUCAACCCGGUGUGCUGCAUAUUUUACAGGAGCUACCCUCUCAGAGUUGCCGCAGUCGCCGAACUCAAAUAGGCAUGGCAAGCGAAGGAAAUUAAAAGGAUGCAAAAGCAAGUGCACAAGCAGUGGAUCUCAUUGUAGGACAUCCUUGCUAAAAUGUUAUUUGAAUUUUAUGAGAAGUGGUGCGCCACAGCGUCUAAUGUUUCAUCAGAAUGGUGAAUGGACUGAUUUUCCCAAAGAUCUUCUUGAGAUGGUCCGGAAAGAUGUUAUUGCAAAGAAUGCAACUACUGAAAUUGAGUUGAAUGGUCGCCAGUAUAUGCUAGAUUUUUUGCAUAUGUUCAAAGUGGACUUGAGAUCGGGAUCACAGCAACCCAUUGCUUGGAUUGAUGAAGCAGGAAAAUGCUUCUUCCCUGAAACUUUUUCCAAUGAUGUUGAUGAAGAAGAUGAUGAAAAUGAUGGUAAUGAUGCUGGUGAUGAUGAUGAUGCUGAUAGUGAGUCAUAUUUCAACUGCCCAUAUGAACCUGCUUUAGCUGAGUCUUGUGGGUCUCGUGAUUUCAAGUUGCAGCUGGAAAUUGAAAUAAAUGGAGUGGGUGAUACUAUGUUUAAUGAAUGUUGUGGGGAGUCAAACGUCCUUGUUAAGAAAAUUCAUGUUGAUCAUGAACCUGCUAGUAAUGCGUUUGUUGUGGAUGCCGAGGAUAGUUGCAAUAGAGAACCUACUAUGAAAGUUGAGUAUGAUGAGAUGGAAGCCAAAUCCUUGUCGGUAGAUGAAUCUGUAAAUAAGAAGUUAGAUUGUGAUACUGUGCGAAAGAUGUUUUUUGUGGGAAUGGGAGGCUUGGGCAGUGUAGAAAUAAUUGAUAUACAACCUUGCCUGGGUUCUUUGAUGCAAUCUAGAAGGGAGCUUUUUGAGAAGCAGGCUGAAAUUACUAGAAAGUGUCGGGGCAAUGCAAAUAUACAAUAUGCAUGGCUGCCUUCUUCAAAAGAAGCAAUAUCUGCACUAACAGUGUAUGGGCUUGGUUAUUAUGGACUGGCUUCAGUUAAGUCAAGAUAUGGCACUGGUGUCCACAUGACAGCUGCCAGCUUUCCUUCUAUGAGUGCAAGUUACUGUGAUGUUGACGAAAAGAGUGUACAGCACAUAGUCUUAUGUCGCGUAGUAAUGGGAAAUGUCGAAGUUAUUCACCCUGGAAGUAAACAAUGUUACCCUAGUACCAAUGAUUAUGAUAGUGGAGUAGAUGAUCUCCAGAAUCCAAGACAAUAUAUUAUCUGGAACAUGAAUAUGAACACCCACAUCUAUCCUGAAUUUGUCGUUAGUUUCAAGGUUUCUUCUCACACAGAAGGGUAUAUGGUUGGAACUGAGAGUAAGCAUGAUGCUUCCGUGGUUACUUCAUCCUCUUCACAGCCUUUGGGCCGGCUUCAAAUAGAUCCCUCUCCAGCUAAUAUGGAGAGUAAUAAGCAGCAGCCAAUUUCAGAUUCUGGGAGGCCUCUGGGAAGUGAGUGUCAAUUGAUUUCAGAUUCUGGAAAGUUUCAGGGACAUGCUGCAAGUGUGGGGUCUAGCACUUCAAGAGUUCCCAAAUCUCCUUGGAUGCCUUUCCCCAUGUUGUUUGCUGCUAUCUCAAAGGAAGUUCUUCCAAAAGAUAUGGAUCUGGUUAAUAAGCAUUAUGAACAUUUUAGGGCAAAGAAGAUAAAUCGUGAUGAAUUUGUUAAGAAGUUGAGAUUGAUAGUUGGAGAUACUUUGUUGAGGUCUACCAUAACGAAGCUUCAAUGCAAGAUUCCAGUGCAACCCAAGACCGAAUUGGAAGCAUUCAAGACAAAAGUAGAAGGUUCAGGAUGCCUUUAAAUGGUUGUUGGACGAGUAGUACUGGUAUGCAGCUGCCUGUUUGAGCUAGCUUGCUAGAAAUGUGUCGACAUAAUCUUCUGGAUGGCUAUCAUGUAUCUGGUUUGGAUAACUUGGUAGGUUUUAGGUAAUAAGAAACCUGUUAUAUUUUAUAUUUUCAUUCUAGUUAAUGAUAUCCUUUAUAAUUAUCGUUAUUUUCUGCUCAAAAGAAAUAUUUGAUGUAGUAAUUUUGUAAGAAACUUUUAUUUGUUAUUUACUUUUGUAUGGUACACAAGGCCAGAUGAUAUUUAUUUAUAAUACUUGUAUCUUUUGCACA